AUGGCUAACGGGUACCGCACGCUCUCCCAGCACCUCAACGACCUCAAGAAGGAGAAUUUCAGCCUCAAGCUGCGCAUCUACUUUCUGGAGGAGCGCGUCCAGCAGAAGGGCGAGGACAGCCGGGAUGAUGUCUACCGGCGGAACAUCGAGCUUAAGGUGGAGGUGGAGAGCCUGAAGCGGGAGCUGCAGGAGAAGCAACAAGCCCUGGACGACACAUGGGUGGCUGCAGAGAACCAGACAACCCGCAGCCAGGCAGCGCUCCGGCAGCAGUAUGAGGAGCGGCAGCGGGAAUCAGAGCAUGUCUAUGAGCUCCUGGAGAACAAGAUCCAGCUCCUGCAGGAGGAGGCCAGGCUGGCACGGAGUGAGGCCGAGCAGGCCAUAGCGCUGGCCAGAGCCGAGGCAGAACGGAGGAUCGAAGAGCUGACCCAAGAACUGGCCGCCAGCACCCGGCUGGUGGAAAAGCU